GCUCCCGCCUCGGCACUCGCCGGUGCGCGCGAGGCCGCUGCUGGGUCGCCGCGCUCAGCUGCGCGCAGCCGCGUGCCGUUGCACCGAACUUCUCUCAUUACGGUUCCGUGGACAUGAGCUGCGACGCCUGCGGUGUGGCCGCGGCGCCAGUCGCGGGCGCUGGCGCUUGCCCGGCGGGGCCGACAGCCAUUUACGAGCUUUACAAAGGUGACAGACUCGUCCUGCACUCCAUUCCCGCCUCCUGCAUCGAGCAGCGCGACAAGUGCUUCAAGGACAGCUCCUCACUAAUGAGCGGCAGUGUGCUGUUCUUCAAGGGACUGCGGCACCAGCCCAGCGGCCAGCAAGUGGGGUCCGGCGUGGCCAGGUUCGGCGACCGGGACCGUGUGAACCAGACUGUGUUCGCCUCGCUGCACGACCUACAACGCGUGUGGGAGUCGCACGAGCGCAUGGAGGCCGCCAAGCCGCCGCACCAGCGCCACCCCGGCGGCCCCUACGUCUACUUCGCACACAACGACAUGGCCAACACCGCCAACGCCUGCGGUGGCCAGCCGCCCCCCAGCUACUGCGACUGCCGCCCGGGCGGCCCCGGCCCCGGCUGCCUGCUCCGCACACGCGACUUUGACUUCCGCGGCCACUGCGAGCGGCAGCCGCUGCCGCACCUGCCGGAGGAGGCGGAGGCGUGCGGCAUUGAGUGGAACGAGCUGCGUGCGGCGCUGUCCUACGACAAUCUGGUGGGGCUGGCAUUCAUACACGACCCCGGCCACGACCCGCGCCAGCACAAGGCGGCGGCGGACGCGCUGAGGCAGCGGGUGGCGGAGGCGGCGGCACACGCGGCGCGAGAGGCAGCGCUGGCGCGCAGCGGCGGGGCGGCGCUCGGGGAUGCGUACAGAGUGGACGACGAGGGCGGUGCUGAGCAGCAGGGUGGGCGGAGGGAGGCGCAGGUGUUGGCCGGUCGCGGCGACGGUGGUGGAGCCACGGCGGCGGAGGCGGAGGCAGAGCAGGAGGAGGGGGAGCAGGAGGUCGCCGCCCGCGGCGAGCGCGCGCUGACGUCACCAGCGGUGCCGCGUCUGGAGAUGUACGUGUUCAUUUUGGAGCAGGAGCACGGCGUGAAUGGGCACCUGCUGGUGGAGGAGCAGGUGGGCGAGGGGGAGAUGGGCGAGGCGGAGAGGUCCGGGCGGCGGCGGCGGACGGUCGGCCGCGCGGUGACGUUUGACGAGUACCUGGCGCGCUGGCAUCAGCGCCACGGCAGCGGCGCAGAGAGUCAGGCAACGAAGGCCCGGCGGGUCAUGUGCCCGGAGCCGGCCGGGGCAGUGGCGGAAGAGGCGUAGAGGGUGGUGGACACACGUACGGCGAGUGACGGGCGCCGGUCGGUUGGUUGUGCACAGGCAGCAUUGGCACAUACGACGGAGACGUGUGGGCAUUCGGCUGCACAGGCGCUGACGUGUGUGUGAGGAGGCCAAGAGGCUGGGACGCUGUUGCAUUGCUCAGCGUUGUUCUGUUCGGGGAGUGGCGACGCUCCCCGAGUAACCUGAAUCGUGACCUGA